AUGGAAAAAUUAAAUAGAGAAUUGGAGAGUGCAACGAUGCUUAGUACCGAUGAUAUAGAGAAAAUUGAAGCGGUGGAGAGUGAAUUAAUGCAUAUACUCUUUCAACUUGUGAAAUUUAAAGCUUAUUGGGAUGAUCGUAAAGUUCGUUUAGAAACUCUUAUUCAAAAGCUUUCAACCGAAAGUUCAAAUGUUUUAUUAUUCAUAGGAAAAUCGAUUAGGGAGGGAUGGAAAGAUGUGAAGUCUGAAUGCGAUGAAUAUAGUAAGGAAAUAAGUGGUAUGAUUAAUAGGGUGGAUAAUAAAUUUAUGAAUUACAUACAGAGCGAACAUGCGAAGUCUGGAUGA